CACGAGAUGGUCAAGAUUGGAGUCCUCGCGUUGCAAGGCGCGUUCGAAGAGCACAUCGCGAUGCUGCGCCAAGUCGGCGCGGAUGCCGUGGAAGUGCGCUUGCCGGCGGAACUUGACGGCUUGGAUGCUCUGGUCUUUCCUGGCGGCGAAUCCACAGCGAUCGCCAAGGUGGCGGAACGAUGGGGCAUGAUCGAACCGUUGAAGCAAUGGGUACACGACAAGAAACCAAUCUGGGGUACUUGCGCCGGCAUGAUCCUGUUGGCGCAUUCCGCUCGGCAUGCGAAGCAAGGUGGUCAAGCUCUCAUCGGUGGUUUGGACGUGGAAGUGAGCCGCAACUUUUUUGGCGCUCAGAUCCGCAGCUUUGAACAAAACAUUCAAGGACCUCCGGGCUACGGCGACGAACCGUACAACGCCGUGUUUAUCCGUGCUCCUGCCAUUGUAUCCGUGGGCGAGGACAUUCAAGUGUUGUCGGAGCUCACGAACGCGCAUCCUGCGGAUGGCUCGGACCCUUCAGACGUCAUCGUGGCUGCUCGCAAGGACAACAUUCUUGUGACCGCAUUCCACCCGGAGCUGACGACUGACGCGCGAUGGCACCAGUACUUUGUGGAGCAAAUCGUCCGCAAGUAAUCCAUAUAGAGCAUUUUGUCAUAUCCGUUGGAUGUGCAUUCGGUCUCCGCGC